AUGCCGCUGGGAUAUGCGAAUCCAGCAACACUCACGAAUUGCACUGUUGAAUCCUGCAGUGUCUACACCAGCUUCUACAACUACCGGAUCGAUCUCGGUGCCAACAUUGCUUUUCUGGUCUGCUUCUCGAUCCUCCUCCUCGUCUAUCUCGUAAUAUGGAUCACGAAACGACGUUGCCAUCUUUUCGCGGUGGCUAUGAUCCUUGGACUUGUCAUUGAGAUUGUGGGAUACGCAAGCAGGAUCUGGUCGUAUUACAAUCAAUGGGUCGAGAAUGCAUACCUCAUACAACUCAUCUGCAUCACGCUUGCACCGGCGCUAUUCUCUGCGGGCAUCUACCUCUGUCUGGCCUGGAUUGCCAUCAUUUACGGGGGAGAGAACUCCAGAAUCAAGCCCAUCAAAUACACGGUCAUCGUAAGUGCUUCCAGAAGUCAUCCUUGCCUUGGCUGACGAGUAUAGUUCAUUCCAUGCGACGCGGCCUCGUUACUCCUGCAAAUGAUUGGGGGAAUCAUUGCAGCCAUAGGCCUCGACGAGCUGUCCCUGACGCUUCUGGACCAAGGCACAUAUAUCCUCACGGCUGGACUGGCCUGGCAAGUGUUCACAUUGUUCUGUUUCCUGGCUCUGUGUGUCGACCUUGGCCUUCGAAUUCGGCGACGGCGACGAAAGCUUGGAGAUCAGGCAGCAUUGUCUCAAGAUCCACGGGCCAUCACAACUCGCUCUUCUCAAUUGUUCUUGGGAUUCCAGCUUGCGAUAGGUCUGGCGUCGAUCUUGAUUUUCUGGCGAUGUGUUUUCCGCCUUGUGGAGCUUAACAAUGGAUUCUCAGGCCCUGUAACGUUCAAACAGGGGCUUUUCAUAGGGUUUGAAGGCGUUCUGGUGCUCGUUGCUGCUGCCGUAUUGGCGAUAAUGCAUCCUGCGAUUUGCAUGGGCGAAGCGAUCACGAAAGAAGUACCACGAAGUUGA